GACUUUUGCAGGUUGAAGAAGGUGCGAAGAAGCAGCACAUCUGUGCCUUUUCUCUCUCCUCCUCCCCAUUCUCUCUCACACACACACACACACUGAUUAAAACGCUUCCCACCAUAUGCAGUUUCUAGAGACGCAUAAACUUCAAACCCUGCGCUACUAAACCUAUCACUACUAAACCAAGCCGGCAGCCGCCGAGCUGGUGAGUCUGUUUUAAUGGAUAAUGUUGUAUUGUAUUUCGUCGGGUGAUUUAAUUUUGUGGCCUCAUGGGGAAGGGAGGGCAAAAUUACGGGAAGAGGGAGAAUCUGGGUGAUGAUAAGGAGCCAAAAGGGGAUUCUUACGCGGCGUGGUCGAAAGAUGUAAGAGAGUGUGAGGAGAAGUUUCAAGUGAGGAAGGCGCAUGGAUUAUCGGGUGAUGAUGUCGAAAAAAGGAGGCAGAUGUACGGUCUUAAUGAGCUGGAGAAACACGACGGGCCUUCGAUUAUGAGGUUGAUUCUGGAUCAGUUCAAUGACACGUUAGUUAGAAUUUUAUUGGUUGCAGCGGUGGUUUCUUUUGUGUUGGCGUGGUAUGAUGGCGACGAAGGCGGGGAGAUGGAGAUCACAGCCUUUGUGGAACCUCUGGUAAUAUUUUUAAUAUUGAUAGUCAAUGCCAUCGUUGGGGUUUGGCAGGAGAACAAUGCUGAGAAAGCACUCGACGCGUUGAAGGAAAUACAGUCGGAGCAUGCAACUGUUAUUCGGGAAGGUAAAAAGGUUGCUAGUUUGCCGGCGAAGGAGCUUGUUCCUGGAGACAUUGUUGAGUUGAGAGUCGGGGAUAAAGUUCCUGCAGAUAUGAGGGUGUUGAGCUUGAUCAGCUCGACCCUCCGGGUUGAACAGGGUUCAUUGACUGGUGAGAGUGAGGCAGUGAGUAAGACUACCAAGGCUGUAUCAGAGGACGUCGACAUUCAGGGCAAGAAAUGUAUGGUGUUUGCUGGGACUACUGUGGUGAAUGGGAUCUGUAUUUGUUUGGUGACUCAGACUGGGAUGAAUACAGAGAUAGGGAAGGUACACUGUCAGAUUCACGAGGCGUCUCAGAGUGAAGACGAUACACCCUUGAAGAAGAAGUUGAAUGAAUUCGGAGAAGUUUUAACUGCCAUCAUUGGAGUGAUCUGCACGUUGGUUUGGCUGAUUAAUGUGAAGUACUUCCUUUCCUGGGAGAUUGUUGAUGGGUGGCCAAGGAACUUUAAGUUCUCCUUUGAGAAGUGCACUUAUUACUUUGAGAUUGCUGUGGCAUUGGCAGUUGCUGCUAUUCCCGAAGGUUUGCCUGCAGUAAUUACAACUUGCUUGGCGCUUGGUACACGUAAGAUGGCUGCUAAGAAUGCCCUGGUUCGCAAGUUGCCUAGUGUUGAAACCCUUGGCUGCACCACAGUGAUUUGCUCUGAUAAGACUGGGACUCUGACUACCAAUCAGAUGGCAGUGUCUAAGCUUUAUGCUAUGAGUUCCAAGCCCUAUGAUGUUCGAUCCUUUGAUGUGCAAGGAACUAGUUAUGAUCCAUUCGAUGGGAAAAUACAGAACUGGCCAGGGGGUCAAUUAGAUUCUAAUCUUCAAAUGAUAGCAAAAAUUGCUGCUAUCUGCAACGAUGCCGAUGUGGAAAAAGCUGGCCAAGAAAAAUCUGGACAUUAUGUGGCCAAUGGAAUGCCAACUGAAGCUGCUCUUAAGGUUCUGGUUGAGAAAAUGGGCCUCGCUAACGAAAUAGCUUCUGGACCGUCUUCUGGAUAUGAUGGCGUUUUAAGGUGCUCCUACGCAUGGAAUAAACUCGAGCAGAGAAUUGCUACCCUUGAGUUUGAUCGAGAUAGAAAAUCCAUGGGUGUUAUUGUGAACUCUUGCAGUGGAAAAAGGACACUGCUUGUAAAGGGUGCAGUGGAGACACUAUUGGAUAGAAGCUCAUUUGUGCAAUUGCUUGAUGGAUCUGUUGUACACAUGGAUAAAGAGUUUAAGGAAGUUAUAUUGAAAAGUCUGCAUCAAAUGUCAAGCAGUGCAUUACGAGUUCUGGGUUUUGCAUACAAGGACGAUCUUCCAGAAUUUGCUACAUAUAAUGGUGAUGAAGACCAUCCAGCUCAUCAGCUCUUACUGAACCCUGCCAAUUAUUCCUCAAUUGAGAGCAGAUUAGUCUUUGUUGGUUUGGCUGGUUUAAGAGAUCCUCCACGAAAAGAAGUCCCUGAAGCAAUUGACGAUUGUAGAACAUCUGGAAUCAGGGUUAUGGUAAUUACAGGAGAUAACAAAGAAACAGCAGAGGCAAUUUGUCGUGAUAUAGGUGUUUUUGGUCGCCAUGAAAAUAUCACUUCAAGGAGCUUAACAGGAAAAGAGUUCAUUGAACUCUCAAGCCGUGACAAACAAUCACAUUUAAGUCAAAGUGGAGGGCUUCUUUUCUCAAGGGCUGAACCAAGGCAUAAACAAGAUAUAGUGAGGCUGCUCAAGGAGUCUGGUGAAGUUGUAGCAAUGACUGGGGAUGGAGUUAAUGAUGCACCUGCACUGAAAUUGGCAGAUAUUGGAAUUGCAAUGGGAAUUGCUGGGACAGAGGUUGCAAAGGAAGCGUCUGACAUGGUUUUAGCUGACGAUAAUUUCAGCACAAUAGUUGCUGCUGUUGGUGAAGGCAGAUCCAUUUACAAUAACAUGAAGGCCUUCAUUAGAUACAUGAUCUCCUCAAAUAUUGGUGAGGUGGCUUCGAUAUUUCUAACUGCUGCCAUAGGCAUUCCGGAGGGCCUGAUACCAGUGCAGCUUCUGUGGGUUAACUUGGUAACUGAUGGACCACCAGCUACUGCUUUGGGAUUUAAUCCACCCGACAAGGAUAUAAUGAAGAAACCAUCUAGAAGAAGUGAUGAUUCAUUGAUCAGUCCAUGGAUUUUGUUUCGUUACUUGGUCAUUGGAUCUUAUGUUGGUUUAGCAACUGUGGGAGUAUUCAUAAUCUGGUAUACCCAAUCAUCUUUCCUUGGCAUUGAUCUCAGUGGAGACGGGCACAGUCUCGUAACAUACUCUCAGCUUGCUAACUGGGGACAGUGCCAAACCUGGCAGAACUUUACGGCCUCACCUUUCACAGCUGGGGAUCAAGUGUUCAAAUUUGAGAAUCCAUGCGACUACUUCCAGACCGGGAAAAUAAAGGCUAUGACUCUCUCCCUAUCAGUGCUGGUUGCUAUUGAGAUGUUCAACUCGCUGAAUGCUCUAUCUGAGGAUGGAAGUCUCAUCACAAUGCCUCCAUGGGUCAACCCUUGGCUUCUCAUAGCUAUGUCAGUAUCGUUUGGGUUGCACUUCCUAAUCCUCUAUGUGCCUUUCCUUGCUCAAAUAUUCGGCAUUGUGCCUCUAAGCGUGAAUGAGUGGCUCUUGGUGUUGGCUGUAGCUCUACCAGUUAUAUUAAUAGACGAGGUUCUGAAGUUUGUCGGCAGAUGUACAAGUGGGGUCAGGAGAUCAGGCGCAAGAAGAUCUUCCAAGCAUAAGGCGGAAUGAGGAUGCAGACGACGAUUUUAAUGCUGAAACGGUGAUAAACACCACCAUUUCUUCCGCCCGCCCUUGAUAUGAAAAUAAUGGCCUACCUGUUUUCGCUGAAGAUUGAUUAUUGGUUAGACAUUUGAGAUAUAGGGCUUUAACUAGAUCUUAACCCAGUGACUUGCCUUGUAAUUUUGGGCAAACUCGUUACAGACAUUUGGGCGAAACACUUUUAAUUUAAUCUUAUUACUUUUCAUGUUGAAAUUUUUGGCAUCUUAAAUGAAGAUAAUUUCUUAGUA